UUUCACUGAAGGCUUACUUGGAGUUGAAGAAAUGCUGAAGAAGCCAACUGAGGAGAGAGAGAGAACAUAUUUCCCAUCGAGAUAUUAAACCAAGGACAAUUUUAACGGGAGCUGUACUUGACCGUUUGCCUGGCCCUACUUUUAUUCUGCAAAGAUUUUACGAACGAGCGUGGUUAGCGACCGAAUAAAGCGGCAAAAUGGAUGCGCGAUUCAGGAGCAAUCUCGACAUGAUCGGGCGCAACGAGCCAAUCACGAGAAAAGCGAAAUUCUGGCAAAGUUACGUUCGGGCUCUGAAAGGUACCGACGAUAUCAGAGCUCCGGAACAUACCCACAGACCACGCAGUAUUUUCCGCACCGAUUAUCCCGAGUUGCAUACCACCUCACCCACUUGGCCAUUUGGAAAAUCGAUUUUUGAAAAUCCUAUUCAUGCGGCUGAUCGUAUCAACACCCCUGGAUACAGGUAUAUGCCCGUUCACCGUGAGAUCUACGGUUACACGCCAAGGCAAAUCUACCCUCAUCAGUACAAACCUGUAGAACGCUUCACCCCUGCGAAACCAUUUGAUGCCGACAAGGCUUGGACUGAUCAUCUGAAUCGUUUGGCUGACAUCGACAGACUUUACCCGAGCAGGUCGCCAUUGCUUGCUCGACACAUAAGUCCACCUCUCACCACGAAGAAACUCUUUGAUAUUCAUGGUAACUUGUUAACCGACGAUAUCUUCCCGACCUACUCAUCAUUACUUCGCAGGAAACCUCUUUUCGAUUUGCUCGAACCAUCUCCAACAGCUCCGAUCAGUGCCUUCACGAGAGAUCCUUGGUGGUAUCCUAGCUUUGCUCCUUAUAUUCCAAGCUAUGCUCAAUACAGUACUCCGUUUUACCUGAGGGACAGCUAUCUUAGUCCAAUUAAACGUAGCUUCUUAUGGAGCCGACAUCCUAUCAGACCACUUGGAGCAUUAUACUACUAUUAUUCGCAGCCAGUUCCAGUAUAUCACUUUACCAGCCCGUGGUACAAUAAACAUUAAGAACAAAUAAGAAAAAAGAAAAGAAAAACAAAACAAAACAAAUCUCACGUCUACUGAUAAACUCUCUACGUACAACAUAUAUGUCGCCCCCGCAUGGAACGCGUGAAUCGAAUCUCUCGACGAUCGAAGAAAGAAAGUGACGUAUGCAAAGUGAAAGUGAAAAGAUUAUGAAAAUUAAAGGAAAAAACAAAAAAACAAAAAAACAAAAAUAACAACAACAAUAUCAAGAAGGAAAAAGGAAGUACGCUUACGUCUCUGGUAUCCUAAAAAAGAAAAAGAAAAAAAAAAUAAAAUAAAAUAACAGAAGAUUCUGUAUAUCUCUCUUCUUAGCCAGUGAAAACAAAACAAACAAAAAUAUGAUUAAAACUUGAAAGCAUGAGAAUUUUAUUUAUUUAUUAAUAUUCUCUCGAAACGCGAUUUACAUACAUACAUUGUAUUCCACGUUCGUGCUGUCCGAGAAUAAAAUAACAAUAAACACUGCCAGAAACUUAUUGGAAAAAUUCAAGCAGAAAAAAAAUUUUGUCUAAACAUACGUCUAAAUUAAAAAUGACCCUUUAUAAAAUUAGGUGAAUAAAAUGUUACAGAGA